AUGCUAUCGUCUUUUCUUCGGUCAUUGCCCCGACUCGGACGAAAAUGGAAACCUCUCAAUUUCACCAAUCUGGAUUUCACUCGAAUAUCAACGAGCCAGGCAAUCGAGGAAGAAACCAUCCCGGGCUAUGUUGCAGGUCGAUAUUAUCCUACUCGAAUAGGGGAGAUACUCAAGGACAGGUACCAAGUUGUGGGGAAACUGGGAUUUGGUGCCAGCUCAACGGUGUGGCUCGCACGUGACAUGGACUAUAAUCAAUAUGUCACUCUCAAGGUUUUUAUAAAGUCCAUGUCGAUGGGGCAGCAACUGGACGACGAACUGAAGAUAUAUAAACGUAUCGAAGAAGCUCCCCGGAAACAUCCAGGCCGCAAUUCUCUCUUCUCGAUCUCGAGCUUGAUCAUUUGCUUAUCAAACAUAUCAGAUAUCAAAGCAGAUAACAUUAUGUUCGGCAUUGAUGAUGAUUCCGUUUUUAGUGAUUUUGAAAACAAUGAGCUCCAAAAUCCCUGUCCUAGGAAGGAGGUCGAUGGAAGGGUGAUCUAUACCUCCCGCGAGCUCAGAAUGCCUAAAAUACUAGGCGCGCCUAUCCUCUGCGAUUUUGGCUCGGCUGUGAUGGGUGAUGAACAGCACUUGGGAGACAUUCAGCCGGAUAUAUAUCGAGCACCAGAAGUGAUCCUGCAAGUUCCGUGGUCAUAUAGCGUUGACAUAUGGAACGUGGGAUGCGUGGUACGAGAGCCGACACUUCUGGUGCACAAGUUCCUAGGCUUACAUUCUCAGAUUUGGAACCUUUACGAAGGGGGUUCGCUGUUUAGCGGUCAAGACCCGGAGUAUCAUACUUACAGGAGCCGUGCCCAUCUUGCCGAAAUGAUACGCCUACUCGGUCCGCCGCCACCAAGUUUCCUUGCCCGGGGGAAUCUGACGCAGAAUUUCUUUACAGAGGAAGGUGACCUCUGCGCCGGAGAAUUAGUGGGAGAACAUAUCCCCCUCGAGCAAAGAGAGACUAGUCUCCAGGGAAAGGAAAAAGAUAUGUUUCUCCGUCUAGUGCGGAAAAUGCUACAAUGGGAGCCAGAAAAUCGAAGCUCUGCUAUAGAACUCGAACAGGACGAGUGGGUGCAAGCAGAAUUACAUAAAUAG